GACGAGCUGUGGUUCAUCGAGUUCGGCCGCGGGGCAGCGUUACCUCUUACACCGGAGGAGGCUCCUGCGGACGGCGAGCCCAUAGUGCCGUGCGCGCAGGGCCGCGUGAUCGUGGAGACUGCUCGACCAGCACCUAUUUAUUUCGCUACGUGCACCAGCUAUCGUCGGGCGGUGGUCAACACGCCGAUCGACAUGGCGGCGAGCGUCUCCGGGACCACGUCGUCGAGCGUCACGCUAAUAAACCAACAGUCGAUUGUUUCCAGCGGUAACAGGGCCGUCGUCGGCAGGAACCCGUUAUUCCCGGCUCAUAGUACCGCGGCCAGACCGGAAGACCUCGGCGUGACGCCCUGGUACCUCGAGGACUAUCCCACGAUAGACUCAUCGCCGGGUCCAGGGGGCGAUACGAGCUCGUAUCCCUCGUACUUGCAUGUGGAUACGGAAAUGAAGCCAGAUGCGACGUCCACGAGGAACAGCAGCACCGACAGCGAGCUACCAAGACCUGCAACACUGAGUACAGCGCCUAGGAGAGCAUGCAUGGAUUUGAGAGACGCAAUCGCGCUUCUGGACGAGACCUGUCCCAAUCAGGACCUCAGUCCAUCCCUCACGCCGAGAACACCGAGAACUCCGCUCACGCCUCAUCCGAGGAAUAAACGAGCUAGAUCGAAGAGCAGUGAUAACUCGUCGAGUUAUAGUAACGAACGUCUAAGUGAUCGUUCGUUCGACAAGGACACGAAGGAGAAGAAAAGGCCGUUUUUGAAGAAGAUAGGGAUAUCGAAGACAGAGGACAAGCCAUUUUUAGCAAAACUCGCGCCUAAGAUUAUUGGUAAGCCUUAUUUGGAGAAGAUUGGACCUAGUAAGGCGGUAGAGAAGCCUUUCUUGGAUAAGAUUGGCUCCUCGAAGACGUUGGACAAGUUUACGUUCGAUUUUCCGCGUUAUGAAAGGAAGAGUGCUAAAAGUGAGACGUCGAAGGAGGAAACAAUAGCAAAGAAGAUUUCUGGAAUAAAGAGAUCAGAGGAGCAGAGGGUAGUUCAGAAGACUAUAAAGCUAGAGCAGUCGUUUACUGUUGAGAGAAGGAAAUCUGGUAAGGGUCCUUUGUUAAAGAUGUACUCCUUCGAAACAGAGGAUUUAGAAUCGACGGUUCAGAUGAAGGAACACAGGGAUCCUCUCAGAGGAGCUUCUUUGGACGAUGUUCUAGACUCAGGGCCUAGCUCUUUGCCAUUAGAAACCACCACAACGGAGGAUUCACCGAAGACAGACAGCAAAGACAGAUCUACGAGUGGUGUUGAAUUAUUGAAGUGUCGUGUCACAACUAGUGAAGAGAUCAUCUUCUCCAGUACAAGCUUCAGCUCAGAUAAGGAGCCCAACAGCUGGGGAAACUCUCCAAAGGGGAAAUGGUCGCUGAAGAAGGACACUGCGACUCCAAGAACGCCUACGCAUCGCAAGCUCACUCAGAGUUCUCACAAAGUCGAACAUAGCGAAGAUAGUGUCCCCAAUUCACCAACGAAACGUCCCAUUUCAUCGAUUCUACCUGGUCAAGAGGAUUCACAAGCUGGUAGCUCUGAGAAGAACAUUUAUUCACCGAUGAAAACCAGGAGGCAAACUUACGAGGACCUGCUGGACAGGAAUGAGAAGAACCAAGAAGAGAAACCUAGCAAACAAACGCAAUUCACGAGACGAGGUAUCUCUUCGGAUAAUCUUCUAUCAAAGGAUCGUUCUGCUGCGUCUGUUGGGUACAAAGGAAAGGACCAAGUGGAGAAGACGAGAGAAGCUUUGUCAGAGGACUCCUUGGCGCAGCGAAGUGAUCAAGAAUACACUAGGGAAACGUUCAAACAGCUUCAGGAUAAAUUUAGGUACCACGAAAUACCCACUGAGACCUAUGCUGAUUUCAGAAGACGGACAAGAGGCAACAUUCAGAGCAUCAUUGGCAGGCAACAGGAACGAUUAAAAGUGAGCAAUACCGUGUCAGAAGAAACUUCCAAGAAUUCUAAGUCAACAGAGGAAACAUUUCAAACAAUGAGUUCAACAGCUAUAAGGAUCGAGAUAGAUAUAGAUGAAAAAAGUGAAGGACGUGUCCCGGGAACAGUUAGGUCUGUGUUGAAGAAGCAGCAAGGAAUCGACCACCCCAGUGACCAAGAAUUUGAUACAAACGCGUCCAUAAGGCGACCAAAGAAAAGGAUCUUUCAUGAGCCAUCUCAAGAGACCAUGGACUUGUUAACUGAGCUGAGGAAGGUAAAAAGUCUUCUAAAGACUCCGUCGUGGGAGAAGGAUCUAGAAUUGGACAAGAAGCCAAUCAGACAGCCGAAGCGUAUUCUGUUAACUGACAAAGAGUUCUGUCUAUCUGUUGAACGGGAGAAUAGCAUUCGUCGUUCAUCUAAGGUAAUCAAUUCAUUAGAGAAAACGAAAGAAGGAUCUUCAGAUGGAAAGCAUGAUGAGGAGAGAGGAGGAGAGGAAUCUGAGAGGAAAAUUCCUGGACCAGCUCUGUUCGAGAAAAAGUGUCUGUCGCUGGACUACGCCGACGACGAGAAACCACAGAAACCGGAAGCCAGGGCUAUUUCUCUAGCUUCUGCCAGGAAUUUACCCUCAGAGGCUGAGGAAACGGUCGAUUACUCGGAUUUAGCGUUAAUCUACGACUCGAAGAGUUACUCGUCUGAUGUGUUCAACAUUCCAUCUGACGAAGUGAACGAAAAGGAACGCAGUAACCUGUUGGAGAAAGAAGUUUUGAAUAGAAUGAGUCAAAAUCAUUGCACCGAAGUCGAUAUAGCUGUUCCUGUUGAUCAAAAAGCGAGCAGCCCGAAGGCUAGGAUUCAGAUUCAGACCAGCGAUCUCUAUGAGAUCAUAUCCCCUAUAUCAACGCCCUUCCGAGUGAAGAAACGGCUCGGUAAGAUCUCCAUCGAGGAGACAGUCAAACCGGAGAGUUUCACCCUAGGUUCUAAGGUCGACUGCCGAUCUACCGUUACCCAGAAACGGACCAAGUGCUUCCCUUUAUAACGCACGCCGACCU